AUGAAAAUAGCUACGUUUGAUGGUGAUUUCAUCGAGUGUAGAGCAAUACUCGAUUCUGGAUCACAAAUAAACUUAAUCACAGAAAAACUGGCAAGAAAAUUAAAAUUGCAGUUACACUCAUCACCGUUAUGGAUAGAAGGAAUUGGUAGAAGCAAAAGGGACACAAAAUACAGUGUGACAACAAAAAUUCAGUCUCGAAUUAAUGAUUUCAAUGUAAAUAUCAACGCAUUCGUGAUGCUUCGAAUUAUCUCAGCCCAACCAACACAGUGUCUGGACACUUCUGGUUGGUCAAUUCCUCAAAAUAUAAAAUUGGCUGAUCCAGACUUCGCGAAUCCAAAUCAAAUUGACUUAUUAAUUGGAGCAGAAUUCUAUCACAGCUUUUUAUCGAUUGGUCAAAUUAAAAUAGAUGAGGGUCUACCUGCACUUCAGAACACGGUUUUCGGAUGGAUAUGCAGUGGCAAAGUUAGCAACGGUAAUCAAAAAUUACUUACCUGUGGCAUGUGCAGCGAAGCUGACGACGAAGCAUUGGAUAAUAUACUUACUAAAUUCUGGCAAUUGGAGGAAAUCAAUCAAACGGAUGACAAAUUCACUGAUGCAGAAAAGAAAUGUGAAGAAUCUUUUGCUCAAAAUACUCACCACAAUCAUGAAGGGCGAUUUGUCGUGAAACUACCAUUUAAGGAGGAUACAACUGUUCUUGGUGAAUCCAUGCAGAUGUCGAUGAAUCGGUUUUUUAGUCUUGAACGUCGGCUUUUGAAGAAUUCUGAACUAAAGAAGAUGUACGUUGACUUCAUGGCGAGAGUACGAACAUCUCGGCCACAUGGAAAAAAUCAAUCAGGAUGA